UGAUCCAGAAGGUGAAAGGCAUGCUUUCCCAGCAUGCAGUACGAAAAAGCAAAAAAUGGCGGCCGCGACUUCGGUUCGGUGGCUGAGGGUCCGCUGCAGGCUUUCCCUACCGCCGACAAAUCGGCUUGCAGGUACACCUGGACGGGCCGGUAGUUGCAGAUUUUAUUCGGGAAGUGCAGCCCUCCCAAAGGGUGAAGGAGCUGAUGCAGCAGGAAUUGAAGAAGUAGUCAUUCCAAAAAGGAAAACUUGGGACAAAGUGGCUGUUCUUCAGGCACUUGCAUCGACGGUAAACAGGGAUACCACAGCUGCCCCUUAUGCAUUUCACGAUGAUCCUUACCUUAUACCAACAUCCUCUGUGGAAUCACGUUCGUUUUUAUUGGCAAAGAAGUCUGGGGAGAAUGCAGCAAAGUUUAUCAUUAAUUUACAUCCCAAAUAUUUUCAGAAGGACAUAGCUGAACCUCAUAUACCGUGUUUAAUGCCUGAGUGCUUUGAACCUCAAAUUGAAGAUAUAAGUGAAGCCGCCCUGAAGGAACGAAUCAAUCUUAAAAAAGUCAAAGCUUCAGUGGACAUGUUUGAUCAGCUAUUGCAAGCAGGAACCACUGUAUCUCUGGAAACAACUAAUAGUCUCUUGGAUUUAUUGUGUUACUAUGGUGACCAAGAGCCUCCAGCUGAUUAUCAUUUUCAACAAAAUGAAAAAUCAGAAGAGUUGGAAGAGGCCACAGAGGAAAAUACUGAGAAAUCUAAGAAGAAGGCUGGGCAACAGCUUGGAGUUACUUGGAGAGCAAAAAACAAUGCUGAGAGAAUCUUUGCUCUAAUGCCAGAGAAAAACGCACAUUCCUACUGCACAAUGAUCCGAGGAAUGGUGAAGCACCGAGCUCCUGUGCAGGCAUUAAACUUGUACAUUGAAUUAUUAAACAACAGGCUCCAUGCCGACGUACACACCUUCAAUUCAUUGAUUGAAGCAACAGCAAUGACAAAUGAGAAAUUUGACGAAAAAUGGAGUCAUAUUUUGGAGCUUCUGAAACAAAUGACUGCACAGAAGGUGAAACCAAAUCUGCAGACUUUUAAUACCAUUCUGAAAUGUCUGCGAAGAUUUUAUGCAUUUGGGAAAUUGCCAGCCUUGCAGACUUUGCGUGAAAUGAAAGCCAUUGGAAUAGAACCCUCACUUGCAACGUAUCACUAUAUUAUUCAGCUGUUUUAUCAACACGAAAGCCCUCCAAAAAGAUCAUCCCUUGUGAUCUAUGAUAUCAUGAAUGAAUUAAUGGGGAAGAAAUUUACCCCACAGGACCCGGACGAUGAUAUGUUUUUCCAGUCAGCCAUGAGAGUUUGUUCCUCUCUCAAAGAUCUAGAACUUGCUUACCAAGUACAUGGCCUUUUAAACACUGGAGACAACUGGAAAUUCAUUGGCCCCAAUCAUCGGCGUAACUUCUAUUAUUCCAAGUUCUUCAGUUUGCUUUGUCUGAUGGAACAAAUUGAUGUCACCCUGAAAUGGUACAAGGACCUCAUACCUUCAGUCUUCUUUCCUCAUUCCCAAGCAUUGAUAGAUCUUCUCCGAGCACUGGAUGUGGCCAACAGGCUAGAAGUGAUUCCUCAGAUUUGGAAAGAUAGUAAAGAAUAUGGUCACACUUUCCGCAAUGACCUAAAGGAAGAGAUUCUGAUGCUCAUGGCAAGGGAUCGGCAUCCACCAGAGCUUCAGGUGGCGUUCGCUGACUGUGCCGCAGAUAUCAAGUCUACUUACGAAAGUCAGGACGCCAGACAGACGGCUCCUGACUGGCCAGCCAACUCUCUGAACUGUAUCGCUGUCCUCUUCUUACGGGCCGGGAGAACCCAGGAAGCCUGGAAAAUGUUGGGGCUUUUCAGGAAGCAUAAUAAGAUCCCUAGAAAUGAGUUGCUGAAUGAGUUUAUGGACAGUGCAAAAGCAUCCAACAACACUGCCCAGGCCACUGAGCUAGUGAAGCUGGCAGGUGCCUUCAGCUUGCCUGUUUGUGAGAGCCUCACCCAAAGGGUUAUGGCUGAUUUUACAGUCAGCCAGGAACAAAAGGAAGCCCUGGGACACCUGACUGCUUUGGCCUCUGACAGCAGCAGUGACAGCAGCAGUGAUGACGACAGUGACAUCGGCGAAGGCAAAUAAAAGUGGGCCAGUCGGGAGCAGCUGUGGCCUAGCAUAAGAUAAUAUUUAACCAUGAUAUGAAUUAAAUGAGAAUAUAGAUUUGGCGAACUUUGAAAUACAAUUGAUACAACACUAACUUAUUUUAAGGUUAAAUUCCUUAUUUGAUACUUACUAAACCAUCCAUUCCAGGUUGAUGAUUCAUACAGAAGCAGCACCGUUUUCAGUUCUUUGGAUGCUUAUUGUGCGGCGCACAGCUCCUGAUUUCAGCGUGGGCUCUGGGCACCUGCGGUGUCUGCCGCGGGCCUCACCCUGCCGCCGUCAGUGUGGUCCGCCCUCCCUCUAUGAACUUGAGCUUUUGUUUGGCUGAUGCUAUGACGUUGGUGCGCCCUGACCUUACAGAAGGUAUCUUUAAAGGAGGUUUGCUUACAGUUAUGUCACAAUUGACACUGGGUCAAUAGUGUCCCAAUUUCAUGGAUAUUUAUGUGGAAAAAACCAUACAUCUUAGGCAGGACUUUAGGUUGCACAACUGGGAAAAUGAAGGCUGUAAAUAAAUAGUGAAUUAAUGAUGU